GUCCAUAUUGUAAUCAUUAUUUCUUGCAAAUGUUGGCUCAAAUUGGACGAGGCCAUUAUGAUUGUGCUUAUGAUGCAGACUCAAUUGCCUCUAGAAUAAAGAGGCUAUUUAUGAAGGUUUCUUCAAUCAUUCUGGCUGAUAUAACCAUACACAUGGAUGGAAUUGAGCUGUUUCCAUCACAUAUUCCAGACCUUUCAUUUGAAAAUCCAUUGAUUGCAUUCGGAACAUACAAAGGAGGCUUUCCUGAAAAUAUUCAAGUUAGUGGCAUCUUAGCAGAUAUGACCAGUUUUGUAACUAUCUUGAAAGUUCAAAAUGCAAAGGAUAUGCUACCACUUGACAAGGUAUUUGCAAGGCCACAAAUUGAUGCUCUCACAACUCAAGCAUGGUUCCAUGGGAAUAAGGAGCUUGAGGAGAAGGUUGCAACAAUAAGUUUGCAAACCAGUUAUCCAUCUGAGUUUACCAGCAUGGUUUUGCUCCGAACAGAGGGUAAGGAGAAAGCACCAGAAUCAGUUCUCCAACAAGAGAUACUCAACAAAAUCAACAAGCUAUUAACAAAAGGAGAUGCCAGUAGCCAGGAGAUCAUUUUCUUUCGAUCCCAGGGUGUUGGCUUUGGCAACUUAUCAGCAACAGUUAAGAAUAAACCUCCAGGAAGCGUGGAACUAGAGUCACUUGAGGGUGCAGAGAGUUUAGUUAAGCCUCGUGGUCAACAGUUGCUUGAAGAAUCUACUAGGAAGGGCAUCAUGCAUGUUUUGGAAAAUCUUGACUGCCACCAUUGCCUCCCUGCUGGUCUUGCUUGUUUUGAGUGCUGCGAAUGCAAUAACUUCGAUUGUUUUGAAUGCUGUUAUGAUUUCUGCUGUUGCUGUUGCAACUGAGGAUUAUGCAUGUGUCAGUUGAAUUAGAAAAUGAAUGGGAUGUGAAACUAUGUCUAACUUAUAUACUGUAAAAAAUUAGCUGAUUGUGUAUACAUUACUCAAUACAAUACAUACACUCCGUUGUAAAUUGUAACAUUGAUAACGGAAAAUAAAGCCUUAUCAUUUUC